AAUCAUCAGUACUUGCAGGACCUUUGACUCCUUCAGACGUAUUGAAUAACGUUCCUAAAAAUCUAUUAUUAGUAUGAUCACAUCAACACUGUUUUUCAUGUGUUUCCUCAUACUGCCCAAGUGGGCUCAGGUGAAAUGUGAAAUUCAAUGUGGAGUUCCAGAACCGGUUCAAAACCCUCUAAUCGUGAGAGGACAAAGCACACUGCCUGGUCAAUGGCCCUGGCAUGCUGCCAUUUAUCAUCGCGAUGGAACAACCGAGGAAUACAAAUGUGGUGGAACACUAAUAAGCAACUGGUUCGUUCUGACGGCAGGCCACUGUGUAACAACAGAAAAUGGAAACGUUCUGGCUACGGAGGUUGUUUUCAUAAAGCUGGGCGUGCAUGAUCUCAAAAAGCUGCGAAAAAGUUCAACGCAACAACAUAACAUCAUCGGCAUAUUCAAAGAACCACGUUACGACGCCGAAACCUUGGCGCACGAUAUUGCCCUCCUAAGGCUUGGCUCGAAAGCCGAGUACGACAACUACGUCCGACCGGCCUGUCUGUACAGGGAAGACAACCUAGUUGGGCAGUUCGGCACGGUCAUCGGAUACGGAUUAACCGAACAAAACGUCCUGGCGAUGGUGUUGAGAAAAGCCGUGCUGCCUGUGAUCAACUAUCUGCAGUGUUUGGAAAGUGAUCGGGAGUUCUUCGGUCAGGUUCUGGCUGACGAAGUGUUAUGCGCUGGUUAUACAAAUGGCACUACUGCGUGCAAUGGAGACAGUGGGGGUGGUUUGUUUUUCAAAAAGCAUGGCGCGUGGUACUUGGGUGGUAUUGUUUCCAGAUCGAGGGUCCGCGACGAUAACACAAGAUUUUGUCAGAUCGACGGCUACACAAUCUACACGAAGCUAUCAAAUUAUUACCAGUGGAUACGUAAAACAAUGCGCAGUAUGGCUGAAGGGGGUGGUACGGUUGCUCCAUUUGUUGAACUGACUGAGGAUAUUACGACAACUGCGAUCGCGCAUGGCCGUGUAGUGGUUUGCUACAUCUCAUCGUGGGCCACGUACCGGAGUGGUGUGGGAUCGUUCAACCUGGACCAUUUCGAUCCGAAACUGUGCACACAUGUCGUUCAUGCCUAUGCCGGAUUAGAUGCUGAGAGCAAUACCAUAAAGUCGUUAGAUCGCUGGCAAGACUUGAAGGACAACUUUGGCCUGGGCGGCUACGAAAAACUGGUGGGCAUGCGUAGUGCCUAUCCUCACCUCAAAGUGUUGAUUUCGAUGGGAGGAUGGAACGAGGGCUCCGUGGAGUACUCCAACCUGGCUGCUAAUCCGCAACGGCGGCGAGUGUUUGCCGAAAAUGCACUUGGUUUUAUUAGACGGUAUGGAUUCGAUGGGCUCGACCUGGACUGGGAGUAUCCCACCCAGCGUGGUGGUAAACCGCACGAUCGAGAGAAUUUCGUUCAUCUCGUCAAAGAACUCAGCCAAAGGUUCAAAAAGAAUAAGCUAUUGUUGACGUCUUCAUUCGAAGCCAAACAGUAUCUAAUCGAUGCGGCUUACGACAUUAAAAACCUCUCCAGAUAUUUGGAUUUGCUACAUGUCAAAUGUUACGAUUACAGAGGUAUUUGGAAUAAGAAAGUAGGAUUCAACGCUCCACUCAGAGGUGACGGGGUACAUAAUGUUGAAUUUACGAUUGACCAUCUGAUUUCUCUGGGAGCCCCUACCAAUAAGAUGGUCCUUGGUUUACCAUUCUACGGUAGAACCUUCAUGGUCGACUCGAUUCAAGCAAAGAUCGGAGAUCCUUCCGAAACCGCCUUCAGCGGCCCUCACACCAAAGUCGACGGCUACAUUGGCUACAACGAAAUCUGCAACGAAUUGAAGGCAAAAUCCAACCUUUGGAACGUAUCUUGGGAUGCCGAAGCUUCGGAAGCAAUAGCCACUAUGCAAGAUGGAGCCAAAACCAAAGUGAUUGUGUUCGACAGCACCCGAUCAAUGGCCAACAAGGUGCGCUAUGCAAUGCGGAAAAAUUUACGUGGUGUGAUGGCAUUUUCAAUCGAUACGGAUGAUUUCAACGGAAUUUGCAACCCUGAGGAGAAACCGUUUGCUGAUUUUGGAACACGAUUGCAAACUCCUGCGCCGGUUCAGGGGAAAUACAAGUUGCUGCGGACGAUCCUGGAUGCAAUUGCUGUAGUGGAUGAUGAGAUGAACCGGUAGGGUUCGAAUAGAAGUUUUAAUAAACGAUGCUUAUUUUCUUUGAAC